AGACCGUCGUUGCUGCCAACCUAACAGUAGCAAUGGCGAAUUAGCACAAUGAAAUAUGUGUAAAAUUUUUUCAUCUUGAAAAAAAAUCGGUGUUUUAUAAAAUAAGAUUGAAAUCAUGACAGUUUUAAAAUCCCAAACUGCAGUCCUCCAUUUACUUCAAAAAAGCAAUGGUGUGCUAAAGUUAAUUACACCGGCAACUUCUCCAGCUACAUACCAUAAUGCCAAAUGUAAUUAUUCAUCUGAUGUACCUGUAAAGAUCUUAAAAAAUCCUACAACAGCAUCUUUAAAAAGAGGAACAGGUGGAAGAAGUUCUUUCAAUGGAAUUGUUUGCACAAUUUUUGGUAACACAGGAUUUAUCGGUGGAUAUGUGUGCAAUCGUCUAGGUAAAAUUGGCACCCAGCUAAUAUUACCUUAUCGAGGAGAUAUAUAUGAUUCCAUGAGAUUAAAGCUCAUGGGAGAUCUUGGUCAAAUAUUAUUCCACCCAUUUCAUUUGUGUGAUGAAGAUUCCAUCCGAAAAUGUAUCAAAUAUUCCAAUGUUGUUAUUAACUUGAUCGGUCGCGAUUGGGAAACAAAAAACUUCUCUUUCAAUGAUGUUCAUGUAGAAGGUGCACGGAGAUUAGCAAGAUUGUGCAGAGAAGCAAACGUAGAGAGAUUUAUUCAUGUUUCUCAUCUCAAUGCUUCGCCAGAUCCAGAGCCCAUAUUUUUUGAAAAUGGUUCGGAACUUAUGAAAGCUAAAUGGAUGGGUGAACAAGCUGUCAGAGAGGAGUUCCCUGAUGCAACGAUAAUUCGACCAUCUUACGUUUAUGGUCAAGAGGAUAAAUAUUUGUGGUGUCUAACAUCAUCAUUUAGAAAACAUCUGAUAGGAGGAAUACCAAUGUGGGAGAAAGGUGAAAAAACAAUUAAAGCACCAUUAUGGGUUGGCGAUGUUGCUUCAGGUAUCAGAGAAAUUGUCCUAGAUCCAUCGACUGCUGGAAAAACUUAUCAAUUCCUUGGUCCAAAACGUUACUACCUUGGAGAUUUGGCAAUGUGGGUACAUUUACAUCUUAGACAUGAGCCAAUGGAAUAUGGAUACCGGAAACUAGAUAUAAAAUAUUAUCCAUUAUUUAAACUUAAAGUAUCAAUAUGUGAAUCUAUGAGUGUAAAUAGUCCUUUAGGAUAUUUACAUUGGGAAGGAUUAGAAAAGGAACAUUUGUCUGACAAUCCCAUUCCUGGAAUCCCAGGUCUAGAAGACCUUGGUGUAAAACGAGCUCUACUUGAAGAUCGUAUUAACUGGGAACUAGGACCAUUCAAAUUAGAGGAGUACUAUACGGAAGAGAUUGGAGAACAUGAAAAGCCAACUCCACCAAAUCCAGUACCUUAGCUUUAUAAUUGACUGUAAAUCAUCAACAGUUUGUUAUAGAAAAACUCGAGUUCAUUAGAUCAUGUAUAAAAUCUGCUACAUUAAUAAAAAUUAUUUAAUUGAAAACGAUA